AACGUCCACCACAUACAUCCAACAGACCCGCCCAUUCACCGUCUGCCAUUCAUAAGUUUCCGUCCUUGCCGUCCACCUUUAUCCUUUAUUAGGUAUGACCAUCUGGACGUGAAUUCGAUAUAUCAUACGAUCGAUAACGACAGGACCGAGACACGAUACCGAGAAAACCGAGAGACCCGAGAACGAUACAGAUGCGGAUAUCGCGGAUCCAGUCCUAUCAUCUAUGAGAUAAUUGUGUAAUUAUGGAUAAUGAUCAUCCACCUGCUUCAUCUGAUAUCGCCUCCAAUGCAAAAUUGAUCAAUAAUACUGCCGAAACUCCAGAAAAUACUACAUCUUCAGCAAGCUCCACGAGAGGAAGUCCGAAAGGAGCGCCCCCGGCUAAGUCGGUAGCAAGUGGAAACCGAUUUCAAUGUCCCCAAUGUCCAAAGAACUUUAGUAGGAUUGAGAAUUUAACUAGACAUCAAGCAAAUCGUGAGUACUCGUAUCUACAUCUCGUGUGUUCCUUUGCUCUCUUUUCCACAUUCUAUUUCCACUUUUAGACUCCGUUCAAUUUUUAGCAACUUGCGGAAACGUCAAGUUUAAUACUAGUCACGUGCUAAUCACCUCUACCAAAUCAGAUGAUGUGGUGGGCAAAUUUGCCUGUCCGAUUUGUAAGAAGAGAUUUACGAGAAGUGAUUUAUUGAGUCGGCAUCGUCGAAUACAUGAUGGCCCAGAUAAACGUGCUGGUUCUUCAAGAUCUCACGUGAUAAACAAUUCCGUGUCGCCUGUUGCAUCUGAACCUCAGCCCAUUUCCAAUCUUGUCCAUCAUGAUGAGAAGUCUAGUAUUGAGUUUGUAUCUACGCUACCGCCUAGUAUGCGAUGUCAGGCGGUUCCUCACGACAGCUUACCACCUAUUCAGGAGGCAUUAUAUUCUGAUUCACGCUCACCUUCGACUCAGUCCCAAGGUCUCUCAAGCCUUGUUGAAGCUGCUUUGGCACCACUCCCUCCUGAUAACUCAUUCCAUGCUCCAGAAAAUUUCAAUCCCAAUGCAUGGGAUGGUUUUAUGCUUUAUAAUGAUAAUCCAAGUAUCUACAUGGGAUCAUAUGACGCCGACAUAUCUUGGACAUUGGACUGCUUCAGCCAAGAUCCUUUGAGCAAUAUUGAUUUCGACUUUGGUUUUGGCUUUGUCAAGUCCGAUGCCCCUGGUCAAUCGAGUGAUUUGGAUGCCGAAGGAGACGAGGAAGAUUGGCCGGAUAAAGUCAGUAGACUAGAAAGUCCACCCAAAUGGGGCCCAAGGGUUAUUCCUAAACUAGGUCCAGAAUCAUGGUAUGCGGUUGCUCAAGAAGCUAUGUCGUGUGGAUUCACAAUAGGUCCAAGGCAAAAAGUUAACGAUGUGUUACGAUCGACCUUACUAGGCAUGCUACAGAUUGAGCUUCCUGCUCAAUCAGGUGACACGGUUUAUGUGCAAAUAAAUAUUUCUACAUUUCCGCCAUCGGAAGUGCUGGAUUACUUUCUUCGGCUUUAUUUUAAACAUGUUCACCCCCGAUUUCCUAUUACCCACAUCCCAACUUUCGAUAUUUUCGCCAGUUCUCCCCUUUUAGUGUCAUCGAUGAUGUUUCUAGGUUCAUGCUAUUCGAGGGCAGAUCGCGGUCUCUUUUUGCGACUGUUCCAUAAUCGUGGAAGAGUAGCGAGCAUGAGAUUGCAUGAAAUUGAAGAAAAACACGUCAGUCAGCCCUCCGGAGCUGACGAUCCAUGCUAACUUUUUUUCAGCUCCGAAUUCUUGACAACAUUUUCAGCUUAUUUAACCUUUUAGUCGCUGGAGCUUGGGGAGGCAGUAAGAAAAUGUUUGAAUUUGCAGAGGGUGUGAGGGGUAUCCUGAUAACAGCUAGUCGACGAGCGCGUUUGCUAGAUUGUAGACCAAUUUCUAGAGUACAGCUCGAUCCGAGCUCGCUACCUAGGAGUUCGCCACAGGAAAUUGAAUGGUUUUCUUGGAUAGAGACUGAGAAAAGAAAGAGGCUUGGGUUAUCCAUUUAUGUAUGCUUCUUCGAUUCUUGAUUGUUUUCCCCACUAACAUUUGGAAAGAUCCUCGACUGCCAAUAUGCUAGCCUAUUUAAUGUUCAGCCAUAUAUAAGUAGAGCUGAAACCACAAAUUGUGCCUUCCCAUGCCCAGAACAACAUUGGGAAGCGCCAUCACCACAGGCCUGGAAGAUCCUUUUGGGACCAGCUGAAAUUCCACCUGCAACGUAUUAUCUCCAGGCCUUGAACGGUAUCCUUCUCCAUAAAUGGACUAAGCCUCCUCCACCUUUUAUCUCGACUACAGUGUUCGGAAAAAACCUUGUUCUAUAUGGUAUACAUACUCUUAUAUUUGACUGGCGUUCAUCGGUAUCUAUGUUAAAUCCUACCGGAUUAAUGGGCACAGCGGGAAAUCACGCAUUAGACAUAGGCGCUGGACUUUUGAGCAAAAGAAAAUGGUUAAUUGAUGCAUUAGAUUCAUGGAACGAAUGCUAUGGAGGAAGUUCUGGUGAACAUUCCAUAGCUGGGAGGUUGCUCUGCGCUCUGGGAUAUGUCAGUUUGGAUGUAAGCCUCAGUGAUGUCCACUUAAUGGCAGGUCGAUCUUCGAGCCGUCAAGAUUGUGAAUUCGCAGCAGUCAAUCUACGGUAUUGGGCCAAUUCAGAUAUUGUAAGUGGCACAAUGAAACAUGUGUACGGAAUGCUCAACCUAUCCUAUGAGUGCAUUCGCAUACGAGACGAGAAUGGUGUGGAUGGAGUACUAGGUACCAUGGGACUGGGCGGCAGGAGAUCGGAAGAAGCAAGUUAUGAGAUUGCGUUGUGUCUUUUUACGGGAGGAUUGGUUUGCUGGGUUUAUAAGGAGUUAAGGACGGGAUUAGGGCCUCAGGAAAAGGAGGAAGUGAUGGAGGGUAUUAGAAGGGCAGGAAGAGGAUUGAGGGGAAUGAGGUGUUGGAAGAUGGCCGAGAUGUUUGGAAGAAUUUUGGCGACCUUUGAGCGGUAAAGGGUUGACUGGCACUUUUACUGCUAACUUCUGAGUGAUUGAGGAUUGAGCUCAUUAAUCUACUACAACCUUUAUUUUCUGGCACCUGAAUAUGAUUGUUCAUUCCUUUAGU